AUGGCUACACGGACGGCAUCCCGCUCUUUCUGCAGGGCAGUCACACGACCGCAUCCGAGAUGGAUGGUAUCGAGUUCGAGGAGCUUGUUCACUCCAGCCGCCAGAGUUCCGGCGAUAACGUCCUCGCGGUCACGGUACAGGCCGACAUUGUUGAGGCAGCACCAACCUACGGCGACGCAGGUUCCGACAAAUAUACCUGCGAGCAGUAGGACGAUUUUCAUCCAGACGGAGACGACUCCGAAUGCCGAUGCUCUUAAAUUCAUCCCUAACUUCACUGUGCUUCCGAAAGACUUCCCAACCCCGUUCCUCGAGUAUCUCUCCCCGCGCUCCACCCUCGCUCCGCCCCAUCCAUCUCCGCUCGCCGCCAAACUCUUCAACGUCGACGGCGUCUCGUCCGUCUUUUACGGACCGGAUUUCAUAACCAUAACCAAAGCCGGCGAUGCCAGUUGGGCUCACAUCAAACCUGAAGUAUUCAGCCUGAUCACCGAGGCUGUGACUUCUGGCGAGCAAUUAGUCAACACCGUAGCGGCCAAGGAUGGUGCCGAGCCUGGGCAGGAGGGCAGCGCGGAAGAGGCGCCGGAAUAUGCGGAGGAGGAUGAGGAGAUUGUUGGGAUGAUACAGGAGUUACUGGAGACGAGGAUCCGACCGGCGAUUCAGGAGGACGGUGGGGAUAUUGAGUUUAGAGGGUUUAAGGAUGGAAAUGUGAUGUUGAAGUUGAGAGGGGCGUGUAGGACGUGUGAUUCGAGUACGGUGACGUUAAAGAAUGGGAUUGAGUCGAUGUUGAUGCAUUAUAUUGAGGAAGUGACAAGUGUCACGCAAGUCCUUGACCAAGAGGAGGAGGUUGCUAUGAAGGAAUUCGAAAGGUUUGAAGAGAAGUUACGGCAGCAAAAGGGCCCAGAUGCCGCUCCAUCGACCAUUGGCAAGGGGAGUCUUGACACCGUCGAUGCGUGA